AUGUCCACCUGCGCAAUCCCCCAACCACUCACCCACCAACCCCACGUCAUCGUAGUGGGCACAGGCCUAGCAGGCCUCUCGGCCGCAACACAGCUAACAAAACACAACGUCCCCGUGAUCCUGCUUGACCGCGCCGAGAAGCCCGGCGGAAAUAGCAUGAAAGCGUCGUCUGGCAUAAACGGCGCCGGGACGAAGUUCCAGAGUGUCCCUGAUACCGUCGAAGAGUUCUACAAUGACACCGUUAGAUCGGCUGGGAAGCCGUAUGCCACGGCCGAGAACAUCGACAGAGAACGCAGAGACAAAUUAAUUGAGCUUGUUACGAAGUCAUCCAAAGACGCUGUAGCCUGGCUAUCGGACGACACGGGCAUCGACCUAAGCAAAGUCGCACAGCUGGGCGGACACAGCAAACCGCGGACGCACCGCGGUGCAAAGGGCAAGCCGCCCGGCGCAGCGAUCGUCGGGACGCUGCUGGACAGCCUGAAAGCAAAUCCGUUCGCCGAGAUGAAGAUGAAGGCCCGCGUCACUAAAGUCCUCAAGGAGUCCGAGGAGGUCGUGGGCGUGGAGUACGUCGACGCCGAGGAGAGUACCCACAGCAUCCGGGGUCCAGUUAUCUUCGCGAGCGGCGGGUUUGCAGGAGACGUGCACGGCAUGGUAAACAAGUAUCGGCCUGACCUUGCUGGCAUCCCAUCGACCAACGAGGCGAGGGAAGGCUCGCAGCCGCUACUGAGUGAGAUCGGCGCGCGGCUGGUCGACAUGGAGCACAUCCAGGUUCAUCCGACGGGGUUCUUGGAUCAGAAGGGCCCGUCUGCGACGGUUAAGUUCCUUGCGGCUGAGGCGCUGCGCGGGGAAGGCGGGAUUCUUCUACUUGAUAACGGCACGCGGUUCGUUAAUGAGCUUGAGACACGGGAGUUUAUUACGGAUGCCGUGUGGAAAUCUGCGACUAAGCUGGAGGGUGAUGGUGAUAUAAGGCAGUGGGACGUUAUGCUGCUACUGGACGAAGGGGCCGCUGCGGCGCUGGAUACCCAUAUGCAGUUCUACCUGUGGAAGGGUUUACUUCAGAAGACCACGCUCGGCGAGAUCGGAGAAACGGCUCUCGAGACAGUGCAGGAGUACGCGGAUAUUGUUGCGGGCAAGAAGGCUGACCCCUACGGCCGUGUUGCGUUCGGGAACUGGAUGCUCAGUGAGCCGCAGGCGGAUUCUGUGGUGUAUGUUGGGAAGGUUACGCCUGUUCUGCACUUUACUAUGGGUGGAGUUCUGUUUAACGAGGAGGCUCAGGUGCUUGAUGAACAGGGGCAGCCGAUUAGGGGUUUGUGGGCUGCGGGUGAGGUCACAGGUGGCUUGCACGGUCAGAAUAGGCUGGGCGGGUCGUCGUUGCUGGAGUGUGCGGUGUUUGGGAGGAUUGCUGGGGAUCAAGCGGCCGCUUUCUGGAAGGAUCAUUAUCUCACUGCCGGUGAGCAAUAA